UCCGUUUAAUACUUUGAAUUGGUUUUCUUUGUGGCUAACAGCUAACGGUAAAUCCAGAGGUUAGCUCUGUUGAAGCUACUGAGGUCGAUGUUUUCUCAUGGGGGAUUUGUACAGUUAUUUGUCAAGCGGAUAUACGAGUGGGCAAGGACAGACCAAAGGAGUUACAAGCUCAGCUUCUUCACCAUGGGGAAUGCCUGUAGUAAUCAUCUUGGGAUCCCUCCAGCCAAGGGGCCCAAUGCUGUGGGAUGCACGGAUUUCAUGAUGGACCAUACUGAAAAGGGCACUUUCUUCCGGCUCUACUAUCCUUGUCAAGAAACCGAUAAAGCAGAAAAACCAGACUGGGUGCCAUGUAAUGAAUAUUUUAAUGGUCUGGCAGACUUCAUGAAAAUCAACAGGUCUAUCAGUGAACGGAUUUUCAACUACCUCUUUGGGUCUUAUAAGAUCCCAGCCUACUUGGAUGCUCCAUUUAAAUCGAGUGGGAAAUGUCCAGUUAUUGUCUUCUCUCAUGGCCUCGGUGCAUUCAGGACUUUGUAUUCAGCUAUAUGUGCAGAAUUGGCCUCUCAGGGCUUCGUAGUGGCAUCUGUGGAACACAGAGACCAGUCAGCAUCUGCUACGUUUUAUUAUCUUGAGAAAACAGAGUCUGAAAAGGAGAGUGAGAGCGUGCCUAAAACAUCUGCCUCAGUUGCAGACAACUUGGUGAAAGUGUGGAUGUACUACCGAACUCUGAGGCACGGAGAGAGCGAAUUCCCUCUCCGAAAUAAACAGGUGAAGCAAAGAGCAAAUGAAUGCAUUCUGGCUCUGGACAAACUCAUCGAAAUCAACUCAGGAAUACCAGUACAAAAUGUUUUGCCAACACAGUUUGACUGGACAACAAUGCAGAACACCAUGGACUUGUGUAGGAUAGCUGUGAUGGGGCAUUCGUUUGGUGGAGCAACAGUGAUUGAAGCUCUGUGCAAAGAGGUUAAAUUCAAGUGUGGCAUCGCUCUGGACGCCUGGAUGUUCCCUCUAGACGAUGAAAUCUUUGCUCGGGUAAAGCAGCCCAUCUUCUUCAUCAACUCAGAGAAGUUCCAGUGGGCGGGGAAUAUCAGCCGUAUGAAGAAGCUGGACUCAGCUGUCAUCCAGAGGAAAAUGAUCACUAUCAGAGGAACAGUCCAUCAGAGUUUCCCAGACUUCACGUUCCUGACGGGUAACUGGAUCGGGAAGCUGAUGAAACUAAAGGGAGAGAUUGACCCAGAGCUCGCCAUUGACCUCAGCAACAAAGCAACCCUUGCCUUUCUGCAGCGCCAUCUUGGCCUUGACAAAAACUUCAACCAGUGGGAUCCUCUGAUUGAUGGCCAAGAUGAAAACCUCAUCCAAGGAACUAACGUUACUGUGCUUCACUCUGCCAUGUGAGCUGCAGAAGAUACUAGGGGACUCUUUGACCAUCAGCUGAACACUUUCACCUCCUACAUGGGACUCAGAGGAACAGUCCAAAAAUGUCAGGCCAGGCUCAGCACUGGAAAAGGACUGAGUAAUGGAAAGGAAAGAUAAUCUCUACCUCACCAUUCAGUAAGAUGUUUUUUUCUGGGCAGAUGAACAAUCAGUGAAUCAGUGUUUGUUUCAUGAGGCCUGAAUGUUGCGUACAAGCAGCUGAACACUUCUUCUUCUCCUCAGUUAGUGAAAAUCUAACCAUAACCUUGAUGAAAUUCUUUUAAUCUUCUCAUUUUGGGUGCACAUGAGCCGAGCUGAGAUCAUAAUCAUGUUAUUUCACACAUUUGUUUCUUUGUCUUUUUGGGUAGGACUUACCAGUAAAGACAAAUUAGACUAUGAUUGCUGUGUGAUUAUGUAAUGAGGCUUUUAAUGAGAAUCAUAUCUGACCAAUGGGCUAGAAAAAAAGGAAUGUUCAAAUAAUCAAAGCUAGCAGUGAUAGCAAAACAAAUGCAUCCUUACUGAUUCAUGAAGAUUUCUUAACAAAUUAUGUAACACUAAAUGAAAACAGUACACCAUAACUCACAGUACUGUUCAUCCUGAGUCACUGUGACUGCCUUCUACUUUUAUAUACUUACCGUUGUAAAUAUGUGCCAUUUAUACACAACAUAAAUCCAAUAAACCUGGUUUGUAUACAAA